CCAUUUUCACUUCAACCCCACAACCUUCGUCACGCGAGAGCCACUCGCGUUUGUAACCAUAGAAUUUGGGCUUCAGCGACUUGCAACACAUUUGCACCGGCGUUCUAAGGAGCAACGUACAGUAGACACUAGUCUUAACCUCUAAUGUCUGCACCAGCCUCAGCAGAGGCAUUUCCUAUCGUUCACGCAGCAUUUUGGCAACCCGAAGAGCGGGUUAUCUCUCGUAUGAUUACUGCAUAUUUCGCUUCUAUUUUCUGUGCACGCGGUGGGGGUCCGCGCGGCACUGUUCAUACCAUUUUGCAUUUUGGAAUCACGCUCGCGGUAUCUAUUUCUUAUGUUUGUUUCUGUUUUGUUCAUGACCAUCUGGUCACUCUAUGUACGACGUGAUGGGAUUCACGUUUACAAGUGGUUUCGGCAUUUCUGACAUGCUGGCACGUUCU